UUGGAGCGGGAGGAGUUAUAGUUUCGACAGGAGGGGUCUCGGUAAUGGUUACUUCUUGGAUUUGCGGAGACUGGAUACUGAAUUUCAGUUGUUGGGAACGUUUCCCCAAGUAGGAUUAGAGCAACCAUUUCAAUUAGGAUUAAGGGAACUGUUGGUUGAAUUAUCAAGAAUACUCAAUUGGUUAGAAGAGGAAUAA